AUGGUUGAGCAAGGUCUUGAAGCUGGAUACGGGCACUGGCUAGAACCCAUUGCCAACGUUGAAGAUCCAAAUUCGAAUCCAUCGAGCCAGGACCCCUCUGCAGCUUCUGAAGCAGGGCUUGCACUUGAGCGACGAGGAAGGGGAAGACCACGAGUAUCCAAGGCACGCGACCAGAGCGCUGUUGAGAAACGCCGAGCUCAAGUGCGCAAUGCGCAACGGACAUACCAGAAACGGAAAGAGAGCGCGGCUGCAUCUGUUAACCAAAGAUGCGACGAUCUGCUUCAGGUUCUGUCAGAUCUUUCCACAGAUGUCGAGGAGCUGCUCCAAGUUGCAUUGAAGGAUGGUGCAUUGGAUCAGAAAGAUGACAUCGGAGCUCAACUACGUCGGCUAUGGGAAUCAUACGAUGUUGUGAUACACAGCUCUUGUGUCAGGCCUGAGUUGAGGUUACUCCAAAUCAAGAACGAUCGAAGACGAGCAGGCUAUGAAGGGAAAGCGCCCACUACAGAAGUAUCCUCCGAUCACGAGACAGCGCCCCGUCCCGAGCCAUUCUCUGCGAGCGAUUCACAUGACCCAUCAUUCAUGGACCUAGAUCUUGGACGAACUCAAGAGUCAACCCUAAUCCAACCCUUCCGAAUGACAUCAUCUCUCCACCACGGCAAGACAAUUUUCGAGGUUAUUUCUGAGAGGCAAGCUGAGUUCAGGAGCUCGGCAAGCCACUCGUCAUAG